AUGAAGUGGACAACUUGUGUCAUUCUGGAGAUCUGUGUAGAGGAUCUGGUGUAUGAGAUGAAGUGGACACUUGUGUACUCUGUAGAUCUGUGUAGACUGAAGUGGACAAACUUGUGUCAUUCUGCAAGAUCUUUUAGAGAUGAAGUUGACAACAUGUGUCAUUCUGAGAUCUGUGUAGAGAUGAAGUGGAACAAUUGUGUCAUUCGGGAGAUCUUAUCUUUGUACUUUGUAGAGAUGAGUGGACAACUUGUGUCCUUCUACAGACAUAGUUUGUUGUCAUUUGAGAUCUGUGCAGGAGAGAAAAAGUGGGGAACAGACGAGUCCAAGUUCAACACCAUUCUUGUGACACGCAGCUACCCUCAGUUAAGGGCAACUUUCGAGGAAUACAAGAAUGUUUCAAAGAAAGAGAUCGAGGAAGCACUUAAGAGCGAGAUGUCUGGAGACCUGUUACGAGGGAUGCUUACUGUGGUGAGAUGUGUGAAGAACAAGUUCAGCCACUUUGCGCGACAGCUCCAGAAGACAAUGAAAGGGAUCGGCACAGACGACGAUACACUCGUGCGCGUGGUCGUAUCUCGGUGUGAGAUUGACAUGGUGCAAAUUAAGGGAGAAUUCCAGACACUCACCAGUCAGACAUUGGAACAGUACAUAGCUGAUGACAUAUCAGGUGACUACCGGGAUGCCAUUCUUGCACUGGUUGUUGGUGGAGACCCCCCAGACACUUCUUCUAAAUCUGGCCAGGGUUUUGUUGAGGCAGUGAAGCAGAAGACCGAGGAAGAAUUAGAUGAAGAUAUACGUAUGGAGUCUGAGCCCCCACAAGAAGACCCCACACUUGUUCCGGCAGAAAAUUUUAAUGCAGAGACUGAUUGUGAUGUCCUCAAGAAGGCAAUGAAAGGAUGGGGCACUGACGAGGCUGCCAUCAUCAAGGUCCUGGGUUACCGAUCAAACGAACAAAUGCAGCAAGUCGUAAGCUCAUACAAGACCAUGUUCGGUAAAGAUCUGAUUGCCGAACUAAAGAGCGAGAUUAGCGGAGGAUUUGAGAAACUUGCUGUGGGCUUGUGUAUGUCAUCGGCUGAUUUUGAUGCCAUGAAUUUGCAUAAGGCUAUCUCUGGUUUGGGGACGGAUGAGGAUGUACUAACCGAGAUUAUCUGCACAAGAUCAAACAAACAACUAACUGACAUCAAGGCUGCCUAUAAAGCCAAAUACAAUGUAGAGCUGGAGAAGGACGUGAUAGGUGACACAUCAGGUGACUACAAGCGUAUAUUGGUGGCGUGUCUGCAGGCCAACAGGCCGGAGGGACUGGAGUUUGAUAGGACGAAGGCCAAACAGGAUGCCCAGGCACUGUUCGAUGCUGGGGAGAAGAAGUGGGGCACGGAUGAAUCAAGAUUCAAUGUGAUUCUAGCAUCAAGAAGCUACCCACAACUGCGUGCCACAUUCCAGGAAUACGCCAAGAUUGCCAACAAAGACAUUGAAGAUACGAUAAAGAGUGAGAUGUCAGGAGAUCUGAAGAAGAGCAUGUUGUCUAUAGUUCGCUGCAUCAGGAGCAAGGCAGGCCACUUUGCUAACGAGCUUCACAAGUCUAUGAAGGGUCUGGGCACAGACGACGACACUCUGUGCCGCGUUGUUGCCUCACGGGCCUCCGUUGACAUGGUGCAGAUCAAACAGGAAUUCCAGAAAAUGUUUAAACAGACCCUUGGCAUGUUUAUUGCUGAUGACUUAUCUGGUGAUUACAAGAAGUUGGCGUUGGCGCUCAUUCGGGAAGAAAGUGCUGGCGGGAAGUAAUAGAUAGAUCUGCAGAGAAUAUAGCUGAUAUUACCCCAUUGCUUUAAUUCUUUUAGGAACUAUUUACAAUUAGAUAUAGCAUUUUCAUUUGCUAUUGAAGUUGGUAAUAAUGUAAAAUAUUGAAAUGAAUUUGGAGCAGAUAUCAAGUGAGUGGAUUUAGUUUGUCUCCAAUGUUUAUUCAACUUGCAUUUACUGGUUAUGAAAAAAGCUACCAGGACCAUUGCUUUAUAACUUGUACAUGUAUUUUAUUUUGGAAGUGGAUACCUGUAACUAGCUUGCAGUUUAAAUUGAUAAUCUUAUUUAGAAUUAAGUUGAACAUAUAUUAAAAUCUGUUCUUCAGCAUUUAGUUUACACUUGAUAUUAAAUUGACACAUUACGAAAAAUGACAAGCAUUAUUACCGGAUAGUAAACAGCAUUGUCACACAAUAUGUUUCAAUCAGUAACUGACUGGACUUACAGUUGUACACAGUGGUUUUGGGAUGACGUUCAUUUAAAAGGCCUAACUUAAAAGGGUUGUUUAAUUUUUUAUUGAUAAUUAUAAUGAUGAUUUGUUUACAUAAGGCAAACAACUACUUGAAUAAACAAGUAUAGAGCAACUAUACUGUCAAAUUUAUUUAUGGUAUGUUUUAGUUUCGAAUAAGAUUAUCACUUUAAUAAAUAUGAACAUUCAGAGAAGUCCACUUAUCAGUUUAGAGAUUGAUGAUCAUAAUCGUAUGUACAUGGAGAUUUAGAUCAUAUUAUAUAUUACCUUUAGUCAUGUUUAACUAUUAUUAUACAAAAAUAGUUCAAUGGCUUAUAGAGUUUUUUAUCAUGUUAGUUUUUUUGUCAGAUAUUUGUUAAAUUUGUUAGAUUUACUGCCAGAAUAAUAUUCAUUUUGACCCACACUAAUUCCGAAAAUUUGCUUCCAAUUAAUUUAUAAUCAGGUCAUAACGGUGCUUGUUUCGAGUGUUACAAAACCCCUAAAUAUUUUCUUAUGUUUCACUAGUCAAGGACUCGAGAGUCAUACAAUUUGAUAUUUGUGUUAAUUGCCCUACUAAUUAAGCAUGAAACUUUUUACUGAAAACUGAGAACAUCUUCAUUAUGAAGAAUGUGUCAUGUGAUAAAGAGAAUCUUAUAUUCGUUGCCAUUUAAAACAAACAAGAGUGUCCUUCGGGCCCUGGAUCGCUCACCAUAUACAAGAAACUCUGGCCAAGGAAUUUGGUCAGGUUCGGCCCAUGAUAAACUUUGGCAAACAUGGCAGAGAUUGUAUGGUUUUACAUUUCAUUUCAAAUUGGAUAUGGAAUGGUAAAUAUUUAAGAUACUAAAAAUGGUAACAAUGUUAAAAAUGGUGUUUUAUAUGAUAAAUCAUGGAAAAUAAUUCUUGACUCCUGGUCAGAUUCUUUCAAUAAUAAUACUUGGCCGAGAUUAUAUGAUCAUGCAUUUUUAUAUUAAAUAGGAUUAGAAUUGAUGAGGGUGAUAGAGUGGUUACAAUGGUACAUACAUUUAUUUAACAACCUUUUGAUCAGAUUUUUCCGAUUGUCAAACUUACCAUAUGCAUUAUGUCCAAGUCUAAAUAAGAUUGGUUCAGAUUUGUUGACGCUAAUGAACUAUUUGUGGACAAUGAAUGGUUGCUGGUCAAAUGGUGAUCACAAAAGCUCACCUUUGACCACUUACUGGUAUAUUAAUGUGUGUGUUAAAUGGCAACUCUUGUAAGAUCCUAUAGUUAUAUAAAAUGCCUGUCUGCUAAACUCAUAAGUCCUAUUUGUUUUCAGCAAAAUUAAGAACAUUAAUAUAUUCUAUUGAUUUUUUUUUUAUUCUAGUUUGAUAACAUGUUUUUAUGCUGUUUGUGACAAUUUUAACAAUUUAGCUGAUAAGGUAUAAUAGAUUUUGUAAAAGCAAAGUUUUAAGAUAACUAAUAGAUAUUUACACAAGUUUAUCAUUUACAACUGUUUUAAAGGACAUUUUUACAGUUACCUAUACAAUUAAACCUUUAAAAUUAUGAAAUUGUUUCCUGAGCUACAUGUAAACUUAACAUAUUGAUUUUUUUUUUAAGUGUCUUCAUACCCCACAAACUUUGUUCAAAGGGGCCAAAAUAUUGGAGUCACCAUACAAUGUUGGUCAGUCUGUUGGCAAAUAUUUGUGGAGUAAAAGACUCCAAAAGUUUUACAAUUUCCUUAAAGUUGUGUCCUUGAAUAGGAGCAGCCGACUCUAUGUUGAGUUUCAUGCUUGUGAACAUCAUUGCCAUAUUGGGGAUUUUUGAUUGACGUUGUGGCAUAUACUAUAUCAAAUUGACAAAAUCCUCACACGUCUUUAAUGAAAUUUUUCAACAUUUGCCCCAGUCAGUCAAUAACAUACUGUAUGUAGGCAAUGUAUGGGGGUAUUCAUCAUUCCUGUGAUAGCUCUAUUUUCAUUUGUUGUACCGUGAUAGUAAUUUAUUGCUUUUGUAAUAUUUAGAACGUUUUAUUUUGCUGCGUGUUAUAAUUUUUAAGAAAUAUUUACAUUUAUCUUACAAGUUGUUUAGAUUCUUGUACAUUUAAGCUGGAAGUCUGUUGUAGUUAAACAUUUAAUAAUAAAAAUAUUGA